GACCUCUGCGAAAUGCCUUUUGUAUGCCCUGGUGUUUUUUCUCUUUCUUUUUCUUUUUUUUUUUUCCCUGUCCUCCUUGUGUCUCUGUGUUUCGGGUCAGCUCCCAGUGUUUGUAGCCAUGCUCUGUGGAGGAUUCAGUGGGCUGUCCUAGCUGCCUGAGCCGCUCCAGCAGCGGUGGGUCCGGUGCAGUGCACAGCCGGGGAUGAGGCCUACUUGUUAAAGCUCCCCCACCACCCCUCCAUCGUGAUGGCUGAUGAUCAACAACAACCUGGUCAGAAGCCUGCCUCGGGAUUAGGCUCUCUUCCAGCGCUGGUCCCGGGUCUCCAGGGCCCCGAGGCCAACGCGUUACAGUUCAAAAUCAAGAAUUCAAUUUGCAAAUCUGUACAAUCAAAAGUGGACAGCAUAUUGCAAGAUGUUGAGAAGUUUACAGACAUCGAAAAACUCUACCUCUACCUUAAGUUGCCUUCUGGUCCCAGCAGUGGCAAUGAUAAAAGGUAUUGAUCUUCGGCUAUUUCUCACAGACACACACACACACACACACA